AUGUCUGCGCUCAGCGCCACAUACGAUGUCGUGGACUUUGAGGAGCAGGAGGUGCAUUUGCCCGAACCCAUUGUCGCCGUGGAUGGAGCACUGGUUCAUCAACUCCUCAUCAUGCACAGGUUUGAUAUCAACCACGUGGAGGGUGAUUUCGUUUUCCAACUGCAUCCCAACCACACCGCAACCUGUCCCCAAUACUUGGUGGUCGCAAGAUUCGCAAUUCCACCGAGUCUGCAAGUGGUGGAUGAGUAUGGCGCCUUCUACUGGGCCAUGCUUCCCUCCUCUACCUCGGUGUGCAGGAACGUGUCCAACUCCGCCGAGUGGCAGCACAUCUACGCGCUGCACAUCCACUCUCACGUCUUGAGUAAGCUCAAGGAGGAGGCGGCAGUGCGCACAAAAGGUGUGCAAAUGCGAGCAGAGGAGUUGCAUCUUCUCUACAUCGGCUAUCGCCAGCUCACAGCACACGAAUUGGACCACUACGACGAGGCGACUGCACCACCUGUGCCAUAUCCUUUCAGGGAUCAGAUUAACACGACUGCCUAUGUGUCAGCCUUCAUGCCUUCGUGUCUUUACAUUGUGCCGGGUGAGGAUGCUUGGCGUAGUGGUGGAUGCAAAGUGAGUUCCUCCUCAAACAACUCCCUCCUAGUAGUCCCUCUUUGUCACAACUUUGAGCAGGAGUGCAGCCAACUCGAAGGAAUGAUGUUGACACGAUUCCUCUUUUCUCCUCUCCUCCACAAUCAUUGA